AAAUAAAAGCUCCAAAAAAGUGCAUCUGGCUCCUUUCUGCAAGGUUUCCUGGGAGCCAAAAUACUGUUUAACCAGCCUGGAGGGUGGUAGGCCAUGCACGUAGUCUGGGGCAAGCAGCCGGGAUGUGGGGACAGGGAAGCCAACAAGCGGCUCCUGCCAGCAACACGUAUCCGGCCUAGCUUUUGUAGACGACCCUAGACGGCUCCUUGCGCCCGCUUCCGCACACUGGACAGUCUCCUGCUUGCCUGUCCUCCCAGCAUGCCCCGGGCUGCCCUCCAGGACGCCCCCGCGCGGUGCAUGGUGGGGUAGCUAGCAGGCGGCCUGCUGGCGAUGACGGCACAAGGCGCCCUGUGUGGCUUCAUCUAUCUGGAGGGCAGCACCCGGGAGGGCCCGGAGGACACCGAGCCUUUGACGCCCGGGACACUGGGACAUGGCAACCACAAAGAGAACAGUCCUUUCCUUUGUCCAGUGGAGGCUUCCAGAGGAAGUGACUACUAUGACAGGAACCUGGCUCUGUUUGAGGAAGAGCUGGACAUCCGCCCAAAGGUAUCAUCUCUUCUGGGCAAGCUCGUCAGCUACACCAACCUCACACAGGGUGCCAAGGAACAUGAGGAGGCUGAGAGUGGGGAGGGUACCCGCCGAAGACUAGCCAAGGCACCCAGCAUGGGUACCCUCAUGGGGGUGUACCUGCCCUGCCUGCAGAAUAUCUUCGGGGUUAUCCUCUUCCUGCGGCUGACCUGGAUGGUGGGCACAGCUGGUGUGCUGCAGGCCCUCCUCAUUGUGCUCAUCUGCUGCUGCUGUACCCUGCUGACGGCCAUCUCCAUGAGCGCCAUUGCCACGAAUGGCGUGGUUCCAGCUGGGGGCUCCUAUUUCAUGAUCUCCCGCUCACUGGGUCCAGAAUUUGGAGGUGCUGUGGGCCUGUGCUUCUACCUGGGAACAACAUUUGCAGCAGCCAUGUACAUCUUGGGGGCCAUUGAGAUCUUGCUGACCUACAUUGCCCCGCCGGCUGCCAUUUUUUACCCAACAGGCGCUCACGACACAUCGAGUGCCACCUUGAACAAUAUGCGGGUGUAUGGGACCAUUUUUCUGACCUUCAUGACCCUGGUGGUGUUUGUUGGUGUCAAGUAUGUGAACAAAUUUGCCUCGCUCUUCCUGGCCUGUGUGAUCAUCUCCAUCCUCUCCAUCUACGCUGGCGGCAUCAAGUCUAUUUUGGACCCUCCCGUGUUUCCGGUAUGCAUGCUGGGCAACAGGACCCUGUCCCGGGACCAGUUUGACGUCUGUGCCAAGACGGCCGUGGUGGAUAAUGAGACAGUGGCCACCCGGCUGUGGAGCCUCUUCUGCCACAGCCCCAACCUCACCACUGACUCCUGUGACCCCUACUUCCUGCUCAACAAUGUGACCGAGAUCCCUGGCAUCCCUGGUGCAGCUGCCGGUGUGCUCCAGGAAAACCUAUGGAGCGCCUACCUGGAGAAGGGUGAGGUCGUGGAGAAGCACAGGCUGCCCUCCACAGAUGCCCUUGGCCUGAAGGAGAGCCUCUCCCUGUAUGUGGUGGCUGACAUCGCCACAUCCUUCACCGUGCUGGUGGGCAUCUUCUUCCCCUCCGUAACAGGCAUUAUGGCUGGCUCAAACCGCUCUGGGGACCUCCGUGAUGCCCAGAAGUCGAUUCCAGUGGGGACCAUUCUGGCCAUCAUUACAACCUCCCUUGUGUACUUCAGCAGUGUGGUUCUCUUUGGCGCCUGCAUCGAGGGUGUAGUACUCCGGGACAAGUACGGUGACGGCGUCAGCAGAAAUCUGGUGGUGGGCACAUUGGCCUGGCCUUCACCGUGGGUCAUCGUUAUCGGCUCCUUUUUCUCAACUUGUGGUGCCGGCCUACAGAGCCUCACUGGGGCACCACGCCUGUUGCAAGCCAUUGCCAAGGACAACAUCAUCCCCUUCCUCCGGGUAUUUGGCCACGGGAAGGCAAAUGGUGAACCAACAUGGGCACUUCUCCUGACAGCACUCAUCGCCGAGCUGGGCAUCCUCAUCGCCUCCCUCGACAUGGUGGCCCCCAUUCUAUCCAUGUUCUUUCUGAUGUGUUACCUGUUUGUGAACCUGGCCUGUGCUGUGCAGACUCUCCUGAGGACCCCCAACUGGCGGCCCCGGUUCAAGUACUAUCACUGGGCGCUGUCCUUCCUGGGCAUGAGCCUCUGCCUGGCCCUUAUGUUUGUCUCCUCCUGGUACUAUGCCCUGGUCGCCAUGCUCAUCGCAGGCAUGAUCUACAAGUACAUUGAGUACCAAGGGGCUGAGAAGGAGUGGGGUGACGGGAUCCGAGGCCUAUCCCUGAGCGCCGCCCGCUAUGCACUGUUGCGGCUAGAGGAGGGGCCUCCACACACGAAGAACUGGCGGCCUCAGCUGCUGGUGCUCCUGAAGCUAGACGAGGACCUUCACGUGAAGUACCCACGGCUCCUCACCUUUGCCUCCCAGCUUAAGGCUGGCAAGGGCCUGACCAUCGUCGGUUCUGUCAUCCAAGGCAGCUUCUUGGAGAGCUAUGGCGAGGCCCAGGCAGCUGAGCAGACAAUCAAGAACAUGAUGGAGAUUGAGAAAGUGAAGGGCUUCUGCCAGGUGGUAGUAGCCAGCAAAGUGCGUGAGGGACUGGCCCACCUUAUCCAGUCUUGCGGCCUGGGUGGCAUGAGGCAUAACUCCGUGGUGCUGGGCUGGCCCUAUGGCUGGCGACAGAGUGAGGACCCACGUGCCUGGAAGACCUUUAUUGACACCGUGCGCUGCACCACGGCUGCCCAUCUGGCCCUGCUCGUGCCCAAGAACAUCGCCUUCUACCCCAGCAACCAUGAGCGCUACCUGGAAGGCCACAUCGACGUGUGGUGGAUUGUACAUGACGGUGGCAUGCUCAUGCUUUUGCCCUUCCUGCUGCGCCAGCACAAGGUUUGGAGGAAGUGCCGGAUGCGCAUCUUCACGGUGGCCCAGAUGGACGACAACAGCAUCCAGAUGAAGAAAGAUCUAGCCGUCUUCCUAUACCACCUACGCCUUGAGGCAGAGGUGGAGGUGGUGGAGAUGCAUAACAGUGACAUCUCUGCAUAUACCUACGAGCGCACACUGAUGAUGGAGCAGCGGUCACAGAUGCUGCGGCAGAUGCGGCUGACCAAGACUGAGCGGGAACGAGAAGCCCAGCUGGUCAAGGACCGGCACUCAGCCCUUCGGCUAGAGAGCCUGUACUCGGACGAGGAGGAUGAGUCUGCAGCUGGGGCUGACAAGAUCCAGAUGACAUGGACACGAGAUAAGUACAUGGCAGCAGAGCCCUGGAACCCCAGCCACGCCCCUGACAACUUCCGGGAGCUGGUGCAUAUUAAGCCGGACCAAUCCAAUGUGCGGCGCAUGCACACCGCCGUGAAGCUCAAUGAAGUCAUUGUCACACGCUCCCAUGACGCCCGCCUGGUCCUACUGAACAUGCCUGGCCCACCUAAGAACAGCGAGGGUGAUGAGAAUUACAUGGAGUUCCUGGAGGUGCUGACCGAGGGCCUUGAGCGGGUCCUGUUGGUGCGUGGCGGUGGCCGUGAAGUCAUCACCAUCUACUCCUGAGCCCAGUACAACCUUGUGGCCUAGAGUGGAGGUGUCCAGGGUAAAGGCCUCCUUCUGGCACCCACUCGUCAGCCCUGCUUUGCCUGGCCCUGCCCUGGACCCAACUUUGCUAGGUCUUCUUGGAGACUGCGACUGGGCCAGGCAAUGGAGAUGGAUCCAAGGUCCUGCAGGACCCUAAGAGGUUUGGGGACUUUCCCAUCCAGCACUCCAGGAGGCCUGCCCUGGCUGGAUAAGACUGGUGGGGGCUGAUGUGGGGUUUGAAGGCAGCCGGUGCAGGAGUGCUAUUUAUUGCAUAUUUAUUGUUCAGAUGUUACCAUCAGAGAGGAGGGGAAGGGUGACAAGGGAAGGGGUCUGGCCCAGCCCACUUGCAGGAAGACCUGGCUUAGGCUACUGUGGGCAGGGACCCCCACCAAGCCCAGCCAAAGGGAGCCAGCCAGCUGAGGCCUGACUUUUUUCAAUAAAACAUUGUGCACUUCUGGGC